AUGGGUCGUCAACAAAAAAAGGUUCGUCGAAAGCGCAUUGGCAACAAAAAACAAACCAGAUGUGGCUUACGUCUGGCUCAUCUACCGCUACCAUUCGGGGCUUCCGUUGAUUUAAAUACGUUUACACGUAUCCUAUUGUAUGCCGGUGAUCAAACUUUAGAUAAUGAAUGGUAUAAAGUCCGUCGACAACUCAAUGAACUCGAUUCUGACAUGCAAAUAUUUGAUAGCCUAGAAAAUUGUAUUAAAUAUAUAAAACAAGAUUAUGUCGAAAAGCUCUAUUUAUUGGUGUUAAAAAGCAAUAAAAUGGGUAUAAGGCAUAUACAAAAAUCUAUUAUAGAUGCAUGUUCUUCAAGCCAGUUAACACAUUUUUAUAUUUUGAACGGUCAACAAGCAAAUUUAGGCGACGAAGAAAUCAUAAUAGAUGGUACAUGUGAUAAUGACGAUGAUGAAAAUAAUCCUGAGAUACAAAACAAUAGCAAUCAAAUGUUCGUAUCGAUGGCAGUUUAUGAUGUUGCACAUGGACAAGAAAUUUCUGUUAGAGAUUUGACAAAGGAUCAGGCUCGUUUCAUGUGGUUUCAAUUGCUGCUUGAUGUCUUACUACGAUUACCACGUAAACAAAUAAAUAUGAAUGAUAUGUUGCAAGUAGCACGUGCUCAUUACAGUUCGGAUCUGGUUGAACUGAAAAAAAUUGAUGAAUUUACUAGUGAUUAUCAAGCAACGAAAGCCAUUUGGUGGUACACCAAUGAUUCAUUUGCGUAUCGUUUACUCAAUCGAGCUUUUCGUACCCAAGACUUUCGAGUCAUUUUCACUUUUCGCUUUUUUAUACUCGAUCUCUUUACACAACUGGCAAAAGAAGAAAGAAAAGUUAUGUCUUCACUACCAAAAAAAACAUUUCGUGGCCAAUUUUUGCCUAUCGAGGAAUUCGAAACAAUAAAAAAGAAUGCUGGUGGUUUGAUAUCAAUGAAUACAUUUACAUCGACAACGACUGAUUCACAUGUAGCUUUCAUUUAUGCUGGUGAUGGAUCACGUUUGCCAUCCUAUGUCUCGGUCGUCUUCGAAAUUGACUUAAAGAUCGAUAAUAAGAAUCAAUCAUUUGAGCGACCAUUUGCUUGCAUAGCUGAUCACAGUAGUAAACAUGGCGAGAAAGAGAUUUUAUUCUCAAUGGGCACAAUAUUUCGUGUCAUUUCGGUUAAAGAGUACGAUUCGACAUGGCUGAUAGGAUUAGAGAUUGAAACUCAAGUAAAAGAAUGUCUCUCAAAGUUAACUGCUUAUUUACGUACUGAAAAUAUGCAUCCAAUUGCAAGUGAACUUACACUCGGUGAUUUUUUACUCAAUAUGGGUGAAUUGCAUCAGGCUCAGCAGUUCUAUGCAAUCAUGCUUCAACAGCAAGUGCUCAGCGAUAGUAGCGAUGGUGAAAAGGCCUUACUUUAUAAUAGUAUUGGCAUGUUGCACAUUGAUCGCGGUGAUUAUUGUGCUGCACGAAAACUUUUUAAACAAGCGCAUACUAUUGCAAAAAAUGAUCAUUCAUUAUUGUCUAGUACUUUGAAUAAUCUCGGAUUAGUCGAUCUAAAUCAAGGUCGGUACAAGCGAGCAUUGGAACAUUUUCAGCGCGCUAAACGAUGUAGGCCACCGGCAAAGAGAUUAGCGAACAUAUUAUCAAAUAUUGCUUCAAUUUUUAUCAAUCGAGGUCAAUUUAAAAAGGCAAGAAGUUAUCUACGACGGGCAAUGACCGCCGAGGAAAAAUAUUUGCCACCUUUGCAUUUCGAUUUUGCCAGUUCUUAUGAGAAUUUAGGAGUAGUUGAAAUGAACAUUGGAAAUUAUGUAAAAAGUUUAAGUUUGCUUGAAAAAUCUUUGAGUAUUUACCAGCAAAGUUUACCAUCUAAUCAUCAUCUUAUGGCACAUGCCCUUAAUAAUUUGGGUGUACUACAUACUCAUAUGGGAGAUUUUGAUCGAGCUCGUGAAUAUUAUGAGCAAGCAUUGAAAAUUCAAUUAUCAUCCUUUGAACGAACACAAGACCAGCAUUUAUUGGUCGCUCAGUCGCUGAACAAUCUUGGUACGUUGCAAUUCGAAAAAGAUGACUUUUCAGCUGCUGAAAGUUCAUUUCAGCGCGCAUUGGACAUCAAAUUAGCAAUUGAAGGGCUUGAUUCAAGCUCACAUUUAUCAUUGGCAAACGGUUACAAUAAUCUUGCAAUGAUUCAACUUAAACAAGGUCGUUUUGAGGAAGCAUUAGCUAAUUUUGAACGAACAUUACAAAUUGAGCUUCCAAUUGGUAAUAUGGCAGAUAUUGCUGUAACAUACAACAAUAUAGGUGGAGUUUAUCACGAGAAAAACAAUUUUAUCAAGGCAAAAUAUUUCUAUAAGAAAGCUGCUACAAAGGCACUCACUGUCUUGUCACGACACCAUCCAAGUGUUGUACUGUACAAGAAUAACAUGGAAAAAGCAAGAAAAAACAUUCGAAAAGAUAAAUUUAGAAAAUCAGUGGAUAAUGGAGAAAAGUGA